GUCAAUCCUCUCUCCUGCAGGAUACCUUUGGACUUCAUCCCUGUGAUGAAAUCAGCUACAAGCAGUGAGUUAAUGUUUGACCAGGACCACACAAGUUGCACAAGGAAACCAUGUGCAAGACCUUCUCUUCCUCCUUAUUUGCUUUACAAGGAACCACUGCACCCCAGCUAAAAACGCCUCAGUGGGUGGAAGUAUGUCUGUGAGGACAUGCAUUGUCAGUCCAUGCCUGUAUCCUCUGGGCUGGAGCCAGGAGCAGGGAUUAGAUGAACUCCCAGGCAGACCUGUCUAGCAUGGUGGAGCUUCCUGGACUCUUCUGCACAUGGAUAAAAGGCUGUUGUCCUGUGUGCUUAUCUGGAGAUGGAAGGCAUUGAUCUCAAGGAUCGGUCUGUGAUCGAGCUGGGAGCUGGAACUGGAUUGCUGGGAAUAGUGGUCACGUUACUAGGUGCCCGUGUUACAAUCACAGACAGGGCGGCAGCACUGGAGUUACUGGAGUCAAAUGUGCAGGCGAAUUUACCCCCUGAACUACGUCCCAGAGCGGUGGUGAAGGAGCUGACAUGGGGAAAAGACCUGGAUAACUUCCCUCCAGGAGCAUUUGACUUCGUCCUGGGUGCAGACAUCGUUUAUCUGGAAGAAACAUUUGCAGAACUGCUUCAGACGCUGGAGCACCUGUGCUCAGAGCGAACGGUGAUUCUCCUCUCCUGCCGGAUCCGCUAUGAGCGGGAUCUCCAGUUCUUGAAGAUGCUGCGAGAGCGUUUCUCUGUAGCCGAGGUCCAUUAUGAUUCCAGUAAGGAUGUUCAUAUCUACAAAGCACAGAGGGGUAAUCGCAAGGAUGACUUUUGACUCUGCUUUGUUAAUAAGCCACUGAUGCUGUUCAAUUCUCCCCUGUGUUUUUACUCAAUACACUCUUCCUAAGCAUGAAGUUGCAGUUGUGUUAUUUCCCUGGCUUCUUGUUCUGCUGGUCUUGUCUGAUCACUGGGUCUUAUACAGCAAGGUUUGUACUUCCCUUCUGCAAAUCGAACCUCUGCUUCCUUUCU